CGACAGAUAGACCCAAACACAGCGUUCCUGCGGGCGGCGCGCGCCGGCCAGCUGGACACUGUGGUGGACUUGCUCGACUCCGGCGCAGUCAAAGACAUAAACACAUGCAACUCGAACGGGCUAAAUGCCCUGCACCUGGCUGCCAAAGAUGGUCACAUUGCAGUCGUCGAAGAACUCCUCAAGCGCGGAGCUGUAGUCGACGCCGCUACAAAAAAAGGCAACACCGCCCUCCACAUAGCAUGUCUCGCGGGCCAGGAGGCGGUGGCGCAGGCUCUCCUCACUGCGGGGGCGAAAGCCGACGCCCAGUCAGCAGCAGGGUUCACUCCCUUAUACAUGGCAGCUCAGGAGAAUCACGCGGGCUGCGUCAAAAUGCUGCUGGCGGCUGGGGCUAGUCAGACACUUGCUACGGAGGAUGGGUUCACUCCUCUGGCAGUCGCUAUGCAGCAAGGACACGACCGAGUGGUUGCGGAGCUCUUGGAGUCGGACACGCGGGGCAAAGUUCGGUUGCCGGCGUUACACAUAGCCGCCAAGAAGAACGAUGUCAAAGCAGCCACCUUAUUAUUAGAGAACGAACAUAAUCCAGACGCGUGUUCCAAAUCCGGCUUCACGCCCCUUCACAUCGCAGCACAUUACGGGAAUGUUGGAGUCGCAAAGGCCUUACUUGCAGCGGGUGCAGACAGCGGUAGAGCGGCCAAACAUAAUAUCACGCCCCUGCAUGUUGCCAGCAAGUGGGGGCAGCUGGCUAUGGUCGACUUGCUGGUUGAAAAUGGGGCUAACAUAGCGGCAGUGACUCGCGAUGGCCUCACACCGCUGCAUUGCGCCGCUCGCUCCGGACACAGCAAUGUGGUUUCUCGACUGUUGCAGCACCAGGCCCCAAUCACCAGCAAGACUAAGAACGGACUGACCCCUCUCCACAUGUCCGUUCAAGGCGAACACGUGGAGACGGCCAAAGUCCUCCUCUCAGAGGGAGCCCCAAUCGAUGACGUCACUGUCGACUACCUCACAGCACUGCACGUCGCGGCACAUUGUGGACACGUUAAGGUAGCGAAGUUACUGUUGGACAGAAAUGCGGACGCAAACGCACGAGCGCUAAAUGGAUUCACACCACUACACAUUGCCUGCAAGAAGAACAGACUUAAAGUGGUCGAGUUACUUCUCAAGUAUGGUGCUAGUAAAUCAGCUACGACAGAAUCCGGGCUCACCCCCUUACACGUCGCUUCGUUUAUGGGCUGCAUGAACAUAGCUCUAGUAUUAUUGGGUGCCGGGGCGGAAGCGGAUGCGGCCACUGCAAGAGGGGAAACCCCCCUGCAUUUAGCUGCGCGUGCGCAUCAAACGGAUCUAGUGAGGGUGUUACUGAGAAAUAAUGCUAAGGUUGAAGCCCGAGCUCGUGAGGAACAGACCCCUCUACACGUUGCCGCUCGUCUAGGGCACGGCGACGUUGCAGCUCUUCUAUUACAGCACGGCGCAAAUGCAAGCGCUGCCACUAAGGACAGAUACACGCCCCUACACAUCGCCGCCAAAGAAGGCAAGGAAGAAGUGGCCUCCAUCCUUCUAGACCACGACGCACCCAUCGAAGCGGAGACCCGUAAAGGCUUCACUCCGCUACACCUGGCUGCUAAGUACGGCGAUAUUGGAGUCGCGAGGCUAUUACUAGCGAGAGGGGCCCAACCAGAUGCGCCUGGGAAGAGCCAUAUAACGCCUUUACACAUGGCCACGUAUUACGGACACCCGGAUAUAGCGCUGCUUCUACUGGACAAAGGUGCGUCGCCGCACUCGCUAGCUAAGAACGGCCACUCCGCCCUGCACAUCGCCUGUCGACACAACCAUCCGGAUAUCGGAUUCGCUCUACUCGAACACGAUGCUGAUCCCGGAGUGAAGUCAAAAGCAGGAUUCACCCCCCUCCACAUGGCAGCCCAGGAGGGGCACGAGGAUUGCGUGGAGAUGCUAAUUGAGCGAGGUGCUGACGUCAACGUGCCUGCUAAUAAUGGUCUAACGCCAGUCCACCUAGCCGCGUCCGAAGGCCGCACCUCAGUCCUGAAAAGUCUUCUAGCGGCGGGCGGGGACUGUAACGCCCGCACUCGCGACGGAUACACUCCGCUACACGCUGCCGCCCAUCACGGGCACCACGCUGCCGCGCGAGCCCUUAUAGAAGCGCACGCUGAUGUAGCCGCUAGGGCAGCACAUGGAUUUACCCCACUACAUCAGGCAGCCCAACAAGGCCACACACUGAUCAUUCAACUCCUUCUUAAGAACAACGCAGACCCCAACGCUCUGUCUGCGAAUGGUCAGACAGCGUGCGCUAUAGCCGAUCGUCUCGGCUACAUCAGCGCGGUAGAAGCAUUACGCCCUGUCACUGAGAACACGCUGAGCCAAGCAGUCGGCGAUUCCGGUGGUUUGGAAGGCAAAUACCGCGUGGCGGCGCCGGAGCUGAUGCAGGACACGUUCAUGAGUGACUCGGAGGACGAAGGAGGAGAAGUAGAGUGUCCUAUCCAGCAGCAGCAGCAAUACAGAUACAUGAACAGCGAAGCGGGCACUCUACACAGGGCGAAGCCCCUCGAGGACAGCGUCACAGAUGGCCAUCUUUGGCCGAGCAACAAUGACAAGAAAGUUGCCACCAUCGACCGACAACCACUGGACAUCGGGUUCCUGGUUUCGUUCGUUGUGGACGCCCGUGGAGGCGCCAUGAAAGCGAAGCGCCGAGGCGGCGUGCGCAUCAUAGUGCCGCCCGCUGCCUGCGCUGCGCCCACCAGGGUCACUUGCCGGGCUGCAACAAGGCGAGCCCCUGCAGCCGCCCCACCGCCUUUGAUGGAGGGCGAAGCCCUGGCUUCUAGGCUGCUCGAGCUGCAACCACAAGGUGCCAAGUUCUUGGCUCCUGUUAUCAUCGAGGUGCCCAUAUACACGUCAUCUUGCCCUGAAAGAGAGAUCGUUAUCUUACGGUCAGACACUGGCGAGACUUGGCAGGACCACUACCUACACAACAACGACAACCCAAUGAUUCAGGAAGCAAUACAACGCGAGCGCCAAGAGCACGGCAACACGGGCGAGAGCUUAGGCGAGAAUGGCGAACGGGUGACUCGCAUAGUUACUUGCGACUUCCCCCACUACCUUUGCGUCGUGUCCCGCGUGCGACAGGAGGUGCACAUCAUCGGGCCAGAGGGCGGCACUGUGUCCAGCGCUCACAUCCCGCAGGUGCAAGCCCAGUUCCCGCCGCAAGCGUUAACGAAGCGAAUCCGCGUCGGCUUACAAGCUCACGGCGCUUCCUCAGAACUGUGUCGUCGCGUUUUACCGAGACACGCGGCUGUUUCUCCCGUCAUCACAGUGGAGCCGAGACGAAGGAAAUUCCACCGCAGCAUCACUCUCACCGCCCCCCUACCUGUGCUGCAGGGUGGCCAGCAAGACAAACAGGGUGCUACACUUCGUCUCCUGUGCUCUAUAAUGGGCGGUCAAGCUCGAGCCGUUUGGGAAGACGUCACCGGAUCGACCCCUCUCACUCUCGCUGGGGACUGUGCUUCUUUCACCACCACGGUUUCCGCCAGAUUCUGGUUGAUGAAUUGUCAAAACGUCAGCGACGCUACCAAGUUGGCCACAGAACUAUACAGGGAUAUGCUGUUAGUGCCAUUUGAAGUCCGCAUCGUAGUGUUGGGCAAACGGCUUGACGCUCUCGAAGGUCGCCUGCUAGUGUUGUACAUCACCGACAGAUACGCGUAUGAUACUUUACUGCAACAGGAGCACUACACAGAAGUGGCGCAUUCCACUUCAGUUCGAUUCCUGGACGGACGGGAUGUAUACUUGGAGUUCUCUGGAAACUUAGUGCCGGUUACUAAGUCCGGCAGCCAACCGAUGCUGCCUUUCGAGGCGUUCAAAGAUAAUCGGGUGGAGUUUACGGUGCGAGUGAAACAUCACGAAGAGAGUCCUUCUGGACGGAUUUACUUCAUGAACGAACCUAAGGUGGCAAAAGGCGAACAAUCUCAAACACCUGCGUGCGUUCUAGACGUAGAACUGCCUGAUCGCAUCGCGCCUCGAGCUGGCAAGAGCCAAAUCGACUACCUCAACCUUGACCAAUCAGGAUUCGACGCCUUGAAGGAUGAGCUGAGCUUCCACUGGGGUGACCACAACCACAGCACCGGGCCCGCCAGCCUCAACGAACACAACGACAAACGGAUUAACGGACACGAUAAGAUAAUAAGCAACGGGGAUAUUAAAUACACCGACACCAAUGGAAAGAUUGACAAAGAUACUAAACCACAAGCGAACGGUGAUACGUUGCACGUAGACUCCAAUAAAGUAAAGGCUACAUUCGACUCCGAUGAGGACAAAACUCCAAUGAACACUCUAGAAAAAGGCAAAAAGAAAGAUGGAGGUUUCUUCGGAGGACUCACGGAUAAAGUUAUGAACGUGUUCAAACACGAAGAUAGCGAUGAGAAGGAAUCUUCGCCUAAACCUCAACCGAAACCAAGAGACUCUAAAGAAAAGAGCCCUCCAAAACCAGCGCCGAGAAUCAUUAACGAAGAUCUCCUAGAUAAAGUAGAGGAUAUGUUCAAAGAUCUGAAAACGAAACCACAUCAGAAAGAUGAUGGCGAAAUUGAAGAAAAAAUUUACGCCACCAGAUUGGUGGUAGACGAAGGAGAUAGACCUUUGAGUGAAAUCACUGAAGAAGUCUACGACCAAUACGCUCAUAUGCAACCUGUAGAAACACCUCUUCGACAGAAAGUUAAUGACCCCUUCCAAUAUCCGAAAUGCUGUGACGGAAAAUAUAAACACAGAAACGAUGAAACUUCCAAUGUUGUAGAUAUUAUCGAACAUGCGGAAUUCGCGGCCCAUGAAAAACUCAACGAAGUUGGUGAUAGGCUAUCGAGUGACCUUAAAGAAGGCUUAGCCAAGAUAGAAGAUAAAAAAGAAUGUAUCGCAAAAGAAACAAAUGAUGCGAAGACUGAUUUGGCAGAAUUCGGUAAGAAACUAAAGGGAGAUUUAAUAAUAACAGAAAAAGAAAUUGAAUCUAAGGCACAAAAGAAACUUCAGGACGUCGAAAAUAAAACUAGUGACAAAUUAGAUGAUUUAUCUAAGGCACUACGCACUGCACAUGAUGAUGUUAGUGCGAAAGCUUUGGAAAUCCAAUCAAAUGUUGUAACUGAGUUUGAUGAUGUCAAGGCUUCCUCUAAAGAUGUCUUAGAUUUCGUAGGAAACACAGUCAAAGUUAGCAAAGAUGAAUUGAAAAGCAAAGCUAAUGUUAUGGAUUUUGCUGCUAGAGAACGAGCCGAACAGCUCUAUCUUGGAGGACACAAUGUUCAAGCAGCUGUUAAGAAUAAGUCCGAUGAUAUAAAACAAAACGCCCAACAAAAAGGAAACGAUAUAAAUAAUAAAACGAAUGAUAUUGUUGAUUCAUUUGCCGCUUCUGUCAAUAGUGCUCAAGAACAAAUAGAAAAUAAAAUGAAAGACGUGAAAAGUGAUGUAAAAGAUGUCGCUGAAAAUAUUAAAGAGGCUGCUAGUGAUAAAGCAAAUGAACUUAACGAGUCAAUAGAAAACACUAAAAAGAAAUCUAAAAAAGAAGCUAAAAAGAAAGCUAAAGAAGGUAAAAACUUCUUUACAGGACUUGUAAGCAACAUUUUUGGCGAAAAGGACAAGAUUGAGGAAGAUGUUAAGAAUAAAGUAAACAAAGGCAAAGAAACGGCAAAUGAGCUUUUGGAUGAAGCUUCUUCUAAAAAGAAUGAAAUUGAAGAAGAUGUCAAGAGUAAGGUAAACAAGGGCAAAGAGGCAGCAAAUGAGCUUUUGGAUGAAGCUUCUUCUAAAAAGAAUGAAAUUGAAGAAGGUGUUAAGAGUAAGGUAAAUAAAGGCAAAGAGGUGGCAAAUGAGGUUUGGGAUGAAGCUUAUUCUAAAACGAAAGAAAUUGAGGAAGGAGUUGUCAAAAAGCAAACUGAAUUAAAAAAAGGAGCAGAGGACUUAGCACAAAGUAUUAAAAACGAGCAAGAUAAAGCAGAAAGAGCAAUUGAGAAAAAGAUUGCUCAGAAGGAAGAUGAAUUAAAACAAGGAGCUGAAACGUUUGUACAAAAUGUUAAAGACGAAAAGAAUAACGUUGAACAAGUUUUAAAUGAAAAAAGAAAUGAAGUCAAGGCAGCAGUUGAUAGUAAGAAAGAUGAGGCAAAGCAAGUGAUUGUAGAGAAAAAGCAGGAAAUUGAAAGUUCUCUCAAAGAUAAGAAGGAAGAAAUAUCCACGGCAGUUCAAGACAAAGCAGUUGAAGCGCAAAAAGAACUGCAAAAGAAAAAGGACUUGGUGGUUAACUUUAUAGAAACUGAAAAAGAAGCUGUGUUAGAUAAGAUCAGCGGCUCGAAACAAGCAUUUGUCGAUAAAAAGAAUGAAAUGGAAAGUGCAAUUGUAAAUAAAAAAGAUGAAAUAAGUGAUGCUAUCAGUGACAAAACUAAUGAAGCUAUAAACGCCGCUCGAGAAAAGAAAUCGGAAAUUGAAAAAACAUUAACAAGUACGCAAAAUGUUGUUGCUGAUGCCAUUCAAGAUAAAGCCGAUAAAGCGAAAAACUCUGUACAUGACACCAAGGAUUCGGUAGAAAAUUUCGUACACAGCAAAACAGAUGAAUUUGGCAAUGCAUUACACGACACUAAAGAACAAGUAAAGAAUAAAAUUGAAGAAACCGGGAAAAACAUUAGCAGUACAAAAGAUAAAGUAAUAAGUUCCUUCCAUGAAAAAUCAGAUGAAGCAAAAAAAGCGGUUCAGGACAAAAAGGAUGAAAUCGAAAAUGCAGUUUUAAGUAAAAAGGACGAACUUCAAAGUGUGAUAUCAAACAAAAAAAAUGAAGUACAAAACGCCACUGCAUCAGAAUUGGACAGAAUACGGCAAGAGGCUGAAAUGACGACGGACCAAAUUAAACAAUCUGCGGAGGAUGCUUUAAACGUUGCUUCAGAUAAGAAAUCAGAAAUUCAGUCAAACAUUAGCAAUAAAGUUGAAGACGUAAAGCAAGCUACGAAUGAAACUUUAAGUGCAGCCACAGACAAAAAAGCCGAAUUACAAGCAAACAUUGCCGAUAAAUUUGAAAGCGUGAAAGAAGCAACUAAAGAUCAUGUGGACAACCUUCAGAAAGCUGCGAGCGAAAAGGCGGGUGACCUACAACGAUCAGCGCAGCAAACAUUCGAUCACCUCCAAGAUUCGACCUUGAGUUCUUUCGAUAAGGUCGAAAGUUCAGCCAAGGAUAAAGUGAGCGAUGCGAAGGAUACAUGGGAGGACUUGCAGAGUUCCACGCGGGAUACGUACGCGGAUUUCAAAGAUGACGUCCACAGUUUAGGAAGUUCGGGUCAAGACACCCUUCACAGUUUCCAAAGCUCCGCAGGAAACACUUUCGACAGCUUAGACGAUUCAGCUAAAGAGUUUAUCGGUGGCGUACAAAAUUCAGCCUCAGAAGUUGCGGAUCAAAGCAAUGAUGUGUUCGGGCGUGCUAAGGACUCCUUCGAAGGUUUCCAAGUUUCUGCUAACAAUAAACUUGAAGAUGUAAAAGGUGCGGCAAAAGAUAAGUUGAAUGAAGCCGAUUCAAGGCUGGGCCAGGCUGCUCAAGAUUUCAGUAAGGGAGCGAAAGAGACGGAACAAGUCGUAGCUGAUACAAUUCUGAAUGAAGCUGACAAAUUCACGAGCAGUCUCAACGAUUUAGGCAACUCCGUCUUCGGAUCUUCUGGAAAAGGAUUCAUGAAAGAUUCGAGCACGAAAUUAUUAGAGUCUGAAAAAUCACAGUCCUCACCGUCGCCUCACAAAAAGGGCUCCGGGAUACCAAAACUGAAGAGGAAGAAGUAAACGCCGAACGAAAUCUCAACGCCGACCGAUGUAUGAUACUAGUUUUUUAGUUUUAAUAUUUAUUAUCGUUAUUACAUAGUACAUAGAACACAUUUUCGAAUAUCAAAAUAUUGAACAAAUGUAAUUUAUUUGUUGUAGAAUUUUAUUAUAUUUAUGAAUCCGUUUUGAUGUUUCAAUUUUAAACUAUGUACUAUGGUUACAAGUAAUGUGUUAGAAUCGAUUGUUAAGGUAAUUAUUUCUUAGAAAAGAGUCUCAGAUUAAAACAACCGAUUUUAUUUAGUAAUUAUUUCUUGGCAUAUAGUCUCAAAUUUAAACGAUCGAUUCUAAUGAAUUGCUCUGUCCUGAAUGUAGCAAUUGUUCCAUUGAUGUUCAAUCUAUGUUAGAUGUGAAGAGAUUAUCUAUACGUUCGCUAUAAUUAUAUAUAUAUAGUCAGUUUGAUAUAUAUAGUGAUAAGAGUACCUACUACGUAAGUAAAUAUACUCUUGUGUCGAAAUUUCGAUGUUUAUUAAUCUUGGAUGACUAACGAUCGCCGAUUUCAAAGAAAUCGAUUGUUUUUAAGUUAUUGUAAUGCAAGUGUAAAAUUAAUUUUGACAUACAAACCGAACGACGAAUAUUAUUUAAUCUUCGUUAAUUUGAAGAGAUCAUUUUUUACUUUCUUUAACGAAUAUAGAAAUCUUGCCUGUGAACUGAUAUUAUGUUAGAUAAAUAAUUUAUUUCAUGUAAAUGACGAUAUGACAGAUAAAAUCAUUUUACUAUUUUUUUUAUUAGAUAUUAAACGCAUUUUGUAUUUGAAUCAAUUUAUGACUUAUUUCGUAAUGUCUCGUUGUAUAAUUUAUUUUAUUUUAAAGUGUGUUUUCUUUACAAAUUUUAAUUCAUUGCUUUGUACAGAUAUCUAUAAUUUUUGCUUAUGAGGCAAUAUGUUAUAUGCAUGUAUGUCGUAAGCUUUAUGUAAAUCAGUAAAUUUUACAUCGCAUAGUAGCACCGACUACUUGGAUAGAUCUGCUAGUAUUUAUUUUUUUAUUAAGAAUGUACAUGCACUAUUUUCAAAUAUAAAUUAAGUGAAAAGGUACAUUUUGAAAAUAGUGUAUUGUAUUAAUGUUGAUGUCACAAAGCGAGUUUCAUGUAUUUAUUACAAUGUUAAAUAAUCUAUCGAAAAAAAGAAUAAACAUUUCAUAUAAUAAAA